AAGGUACACAAUAUUUUUUAACCUGCUGGAUCUCAUAGCUGCCCCAAACAGCUAUAAAUCACCCCUUCUUUUUAGAAUCUAAAUGCCUUCGAGCAGUAGUAGUAACACAGAAGAAUUCGAGACAUUUUCCAAAAUGGGGAGAGUUUGCUUUGUGAGGUUAAUGGUCUUAGCACUUUUGGGAUUCUUGGGCUGCACUCAUGCUCAGUUACAGAUGAAUUUUUACGCGAAGAACUGCCCGAAGGCUGAAACAAUUGUUCUGGACUAUGUUAGGAAGCACAUUCCUAAUGCUCCUUCUCUAGCAGCUGCCCUCAUAAGAAUGCACUUUCAUGACUGCUUUGUUAGGGGCUGUGAUGGCUCUGUUUUGUUGAACUCGACCACAGGCACUGCGGAGAAGGAUGCUCCACCAAAUUUAACACUAAGAGGCUUCGACUUCAUUGAUAGAAUCAAGGCUGUCGUCGAAGCUGACUGUCCCGGAGUCGUGUCUUGUGCUGAUAUCAUAGCUCUUGCUGCAAGGGAUUCUAUAGUGAUCACAGGAGGUCCAUCUUGGAGAGUUCCCACAGGAAGAAGAGAUGGAAGAUUCUCAAACCGCACAGAAGCAAUUAACAAUAUUCCUGCCCCAACUUCAAACUUCACCACUCUCCAAGCCCGUUUUGGUAACAAGAGUCUUGAUUUAAAAGACUUAGUUCUGCUAUCUGGUGCUCACACCAUUGGUGUCUCUCACUGCUCAUCUUUCUCGAAUCGCCUUUACAACUUCACCGGAGUAGGGGAUGAGGACCCGGCACUAGACAGCGAGUAUGCGGCAAAUCUGAAGGCGAACAAAUGCAAGAGCAUCAACGACAACACCACGCUAGUAGAGAUGGACCCUGGAAGCAGGAAGACCUUUGAUCUAGGCUACUACAAGCAGGUGCUCAAGAGGAGAGGUCUCUUUCAAUCUGACGCAGCCCUAAGGACAAACCCGACAACACUUUCCUAUAUCCGACAACUUGUGUCAGGUCCACUCCCCAAUUUUCUCUCGGAGUUCGCACUGUCUAUGGAAAAGAUGGGAAGGGUUGAUGUUAAGACUGGGUCAGCUGGUGAGAUUAGGAAGCACUGUGCAGUUGUUAAUUAACUUUGCUCUUUGAAUUUCUUUUAUAUUUUUAGAGGCUUAAGUAUUUUUUCUUUUGUUCAGUAUGUGGAGUGGGUGGAAAGGAAUAAAAGUUGUUGAAGGAUGAGGUAUUUUUUUUAUGGGUGUACUGUAUUGGAUUUGCAUUGUUAUUUGUGGUUCUGGUUGUGAAAUCAGAAAUGAGUAAUUGAGCUCAUUGUUUAUAUGUUGGUUUCUAUAAUUUGUGCAUUAAAGUUAAAAAUUCAUU